AUGAGAGUCGAUGAUAUGGUUGCUGCCCUGCAGCUCGUGCCUUCUAAUUCCUUGAAUGAACAAGAUCUCGAGGCUGCGGAAAGUAAUAAAAGAAAGAACUAUUUGGAUACACCCGCACCUUCAGGCUUCUCAUUGAUCCCUCCACCGUUUGCUUUUUCAAGCGUGGGUCAGAUCACGCCGACCUUGAACUUCUUUGUGUUGUGUUCGGUGCCUGUUCGUUCUUCGUCCGUUUCUUGUCGUUUAGUAUUGCAAUCGGCACGUGCGCUGAUUGCUGGUGGUGCGAUUGAAGGAAGAUGGGUUGUCACUUGCGUAUACCAGGAUGAACUUGGGUCGUCAAAACUAUUGAGUCACUAUUGCUCGGCAGCCACAAUCUAA